AAGAACACCUACAUCUCUGCCGGCGCCUUCCAUCCUGCUGAAACCAUGGUAUUCUCUGCAGUGUUGACUGCGUCCCAUACCGGGGCAUCCAACACAACAUUCGUAAUUUAUGAAAACACCAACAUGAAUAUUACGGUCCCUCCACCAUUCCAGCAUCCCGACAUGGGUUCGCUGCUUAGAUACAGUUUUGAAACCAUGGCUCCCACCGGGAUGAGUUCCUUGACACUGAAUAGUACAGCUGUGCCCCCAACACCAGCGGUUUUAAAGAGCCUAAACUUGCCUCUCCAGAUCAUCCUUUCUGCUAUAAUGAUAUUUAUUCUGUUUGUGUCUUUUCUUGGGAACUUGGUUGUGUGCCUCAUGGUUUACCAAAAAGCUGCCAUGCGCUCCGCCAUUAACAUCCUCCUGGCCAGCCUGGCUUUUGCAGACAUGUUGCUUGCAGUUCUGAACAUGCCCUUUGCCUUGGUCACCAUUCUUACCACCAGAUGGAUUUUUGGGAAAUUCUUCUGUAGGGUAUCUGCCAUGUUUUUCUGGUUGUUUGUGAUAGAGGGAGUAGCCAUCCUGCUCAUCAUUAGCAUCGAUAGGUUUCUUAUUAUAGUCCAGAGGCAGGAUAAGCUGAAUCCAUAUAGGGCUAAGGUUCUCAUUGCAGUUUCUUGGGCAACUUCUUUUUGUGUAGCUUUUCCUCUGGCAGUAGGAAACCCUGACCUGCAGAUACCUUCCCGAGCCCCGCAGUGUGUGUUUGGGUACACAACCAAUCCAGGUUACCAGGCUUAUGUGAUUUUGAUUUCUCUCAUUUCUUUCUUCCUACCCUUUCUGGUGAUACUGUAUUCGUUUAUGGGCAUACUCAAUACCCUUCGGCACAAUGCCUUGAGGAUCCAUAGCUACCCCGAAGGUAUAUGCCUCAGCCAGGCCAGCAAACUGGGUCUCAUGAGUCUACAGAGACCCUUCCAGAUGAGCAUUGACAUGGGCUUUAAAACACGUGCCUUCACAACCAUUUUGAUUCUCUUUGCUGUCUUCAUUUUCUGCUGGGCCCCAUUCACCACUUACAGCCUUGUGGCGACAUUCAGCAAGCACUUUUACUAUCAACACAACUUUUUUGAGAUUAGCACCUGGCUACUCUGGCUCUGCUACCUCAAGUCUGCAUUGAACCCACUGAUUUACUACUGGAGGAUUAAGAAAUUCCAUGACGCCUGCCUGGACAUGAUGCCUAAGUCCCUCAAGUUUUUGCCGCGGCUCCCUGGCCACACAAGGCGACGGAUACGCCCCAGUGCUGUCUACGUGUGUGGGGAACAUCGGACGGUGGUGUGAAUAUUGGAACUGCCUGACGUUUUGGGUGAUGGUUGUUCUUUAUCUGACUUCGAAUUUUUUUCUCGUGGCUUCUCCACUUAAACUAUAUUGUUUUUCAUAGGGUGUGUGUGUGUGUGUGUGUGUGUGUG